AUGGGAGCCACCGAAGUUCAUAACUUGAAGUCUAUGUCAGAUGAUAAUUGUUUGGAAAUAUUUGAGCAGCAUGCAUUUGUGAACAUUAACAAUGAUGGACCACCAAAUUUUGAGUUGCUUCAGAAAAAAAUUGCUGAAAAAUGCAGUGGACUGCCCUUAGCUGCAAGAACUCUUGGUAAGAGUGACAUUCUUCCGGUAUUAAAGUUGAGCUAUCACUAUCUUCCUUCCAACUUGAAGAGGUGUUUUGCCUAUUGCUCAAUAUUUCCAAAUGACUAUGAAUUUGGGGAGAAGCAAUUGAUCCUUUUAUGGAUGGCAGAGGGUUUGAUUCAACAACCACCAGAAGCCAAUAGGCAAAUGGAGGAUUUAGGCCACGACUAUUUUCAAGAGCUAUUAUGUAGGUCAUUAUUUCAAAAGGCAAGUGAAAACAAUUCACGAUAUGUAAUGCAUGACCUUGUCACUGAUUUGGCACAAUGGGCAGCAGGAAAUACUUGUUUUAGAUUGGAGGACAAGAAAGGGGAUAACUUGCAAUCUGUAUGCUUUCGUCAUUCGUCUUUCAUGAUUGGUGAGUUCGAUGGAGUUCAAAAGUUUGAGGCCUUUCGCGAAGUUAAACGUUUGCGAACAUUCUUGCCACUUUGGCUAUCAGAUACUUGGUGGAGCAGUCGAUAUCUGGCUCGUAAGGGAUAA